GCUGCAAACAUUCACCAAAUCCAUCCAGGAACAGGAAAGCCGACCUGAAGAUCCCGCCUUCUGUGCCAGCUCCACCGCUACUGCCAUUCGACACUUGAUCGGAUCCCAUUCCGAAGCAAGCAAGCCACGGUUCGAUCCGAUCCGACCGACGACCGCCCGUCCUCCCGCCAAGUCGAACCAGCCUGACGGGAACAGAAAGAAAAAGAUGGCGGCAGCAACAAAACACUCGUCCCUCGCCGCCUUGGCUUCCCUCUCCCUCCUUCUCUUCUCUCCGGUUUCUGCCUCCGCACAGCAAGUUCCUGAACUAUCAUGCCUGCACUUGCGCAGCCACGAGCUGGCCGCCAUUUCCGCCUGCGGUGAUGAGGGCGCUCUCAACCACUACUUCUCCACGUUUCCCCCCAACUUGUCGUCCGGCGACCCCGAGUACCGCAAGACCCUGACGAAAUGCUAUAUCGAUUCCGGGUGCAACGACGAGGAAACCCCUGGCCAGAUCGCCAUCGCCGCCAAGCGCUGCUCCGGGGGGCCCGCCGCCCGCCCCCAUCAUCAGCUGGGCGCUCGCUCCGAAAAGGGUGCCUUCAACAACCACCGCCUGCGCAUUCCCGUCAAGCCAGCGCAGGCCGCCGUCGCCCGCGCCGCCGUCACUGAUGCGCCCGUCGACGCCGAUGUCGCCCUCAUGAUGACCAAGAUCACCGCCGCGCCCAUCCUGCCCCGCGCAGGUGAGACCAUCGAAACCCGUCCCGUCGCCGGCACCGAGCGGCCCAAAUCCCCCUUGAUCUGCCUGACCAAGUCCGAGAAGUCGAUCCAGUCGUGCCCGACCCAAUCCACCGGCACCGCCUCGGGCAAGAGGCUGCCCUGCUUCGAGACCUCGGUCCCCGUCGACGUGUGCGUCGAGGGUCUGAUCUGCCAGAACCAGAACGGCCAGGGCAUCAGCUGCAUGUACAAGGAGUCCGGUCUCGACACGGCGGGAAUCGUCAUGGCCAUCUACUUCGCCGCCACCAUCUUUUUGGCCGUCUGCGGUCUGUGCUUCUUCUGCUGCCGCGAGCGCCGCACCAUGAAGAAGCUCGAGCGCGCGGCCGAGGCGGCCAAGAUUGCGAAGGAGGCCAAGACGAGCGCCAUGGUCGCUAACAAGCGCGCUGCUGCCGCCCCCACCCACGACCAGCACCAGCAGGAGCAGGAGCAUAUGUUGGAGCAGCCGCUUAUGGGCGGUAACACGGGUUAUAUGGGUGGUGGUGGAUAUCAGGGCGUUCCGCUGAACAACGAGUAUGAUGAUGUCCCGGCCCCGCCGCCGCAUAUGGCCGACACGGGAUAUGGGGGCGCAGCGGGCGUUACGGGCGGUGCGCCGAACCCGUUCUCGGAUCAUAAUGAGGGACACCCUGCUUUGAGGUAAUCCGGUCCAUGUUGAUGUUGAGAGUUGGGUUGGUAGGGUUGUUGGAUGAAA